AUGGGAAAUCAAAUAUGUUGGUGCUAUAAUGAUUAAGAAGAGACUUAAGAAAUUCAGCCAUACUAAAAUAUAAAUAUAUAACAUUAAUACAAUGAUAAUGAUUUAUCAUUAUAAUUAAACCAAAAAAAUGUGGAUCAAAGUCAAACUUAAAAUCAAUAGAAUACAUAAUAAAGCACAUGUGAUUUUUGCAUAUCUUAUUUGAAAACAUUGAAUAUUAAGUUAAAAAAGAUAAAUUAAAAUGAUAAAAGUCACCCCAUACAUUAAGAGAACUUUAAGGAAUUACAUAAAUCUAAUGAAGUAUUAGCUUUGCUUCACAACGAUUCUAUUUCUACAAUUGUAACUACAUGGUUUUAAUUGUCAGUGGCUAUACCAAAAAUUGUGUAAAAUAGUUCUAAAUAUGAUGGAAUUUUAAUUUAAGAGUAAUUUCAUAAAUAGAAGCUCAAUUGUGAUGAUCUUCAAACCUUGAUUUGCUUGAAAUGGUGUGUUGUAGACUUUUUUUUAUUACGAUAAUAAAUUCACCCAGAAAAUAACAUAAUAAAAGAAUGUUUUUAAAUUUUUUAAAGGAUAGUUCAUUAUUGCAUAUUUUUCAAAGAAUUAUUUCUUGAAAAUUUUUCAUCUGCAAAUAAUAAAUCAAAUAUUUAGCUUUAUAUUUAAUUCUAUGAGCUUUAUUAAAAACUGAUGAAUGGAUACUCAAAUUUUUAUGAAUAGAUAAUUGAUGAAAUGUAAUUGAUUUACUAAAUAUAGUUUGAUUAUAAAAACGAAGAUAAUUAAUAUCCUCAUUUUAAGUUGAUUGGUUAUAUGAUGCGAUUUUGGUGUUAGAUUAUGCUUUCUGAUUAAAUUUAAAAGAUCUUAGAAGGAAGCUUCGAAAUUUUGGAUUAAUUUAAUGAUUAAACACUUUUUUAUUAGUAUGUAAAUUAUGCNAUAAAUAGAUUUUCGUUUGUUAAAUUAAUUUUUAACUAUUAUUCUUGUUUUGGUGUAUUGAGAUAUUAAAUCAAUAUAAUAAUAUUUUCGAUUUUACAAAAUUUUUCUUUGUUAUGA